AUGACGUCACUGUUGCCGCUGUUUCAUGCUAACUAUCUUCCUGCUGUCAGAGACCACAAACACACACACACAACUACACACAAUACACACACAACUACACACAACUACACACAAUACACACACAACUACACACAAUACACACACAACUACACACAAUACACACACACACAACUACACACAAUACACACACACACAACUACACACAAUACACACACAACUACACACAAUACACACACACACAACUACACACAAUACACACACACACAACUACACACAAUACACACACAACUACACACAAUACACACACACAACUACACACAAUACACACACAACUACACACAAUACACACACAACUACACACAAUACACACACACACAACUACACACAAUACACACACACACAACUACACACAAUACACACACACAACUACACACAUUACACACACAACUACACACAAUACACACACACAACUACACACAUUACACACACAACUACACACAAUACACACACACAACUACACACACACACAACUACACACAAUACACACACACACAACUACACACAAUACACACACACACAACUACACACAAUACACACACACACAACUACACACAAUACACACACACAAAACUACACACAAUACACACACACAACUACACACAUUACACACACAACUACACACAAUACACACACACAACUACACACACACACAACUACACACAAUACACACACACAACUACACACACACACAACUACACACAAUACACACACAACUACACACAACUACACAUUAAUAAAGUAAAGCUUUACUGUAGAGAAUGUAAUAAAAUAAAGCUUUACUGUAGAGAAUGUAAUAAAGUAAAGCUUUACUGUAGAGAUGCUUCAGUACUCGUACUUUACUUUAUAUUAUUAUCAGCCACACAAGAUCUGUUAGUAACAGAUUCAGCAGCUACAGUCUACUGGCUCUAAAAACUGCGGCAGCCUCAAUAUCUCGAGGUUAUCGUCGCCCACGUGUGCACGCCUUCAGAGCAAGUCGGUAUCAAGUCAGAGAAAAAGCUACCCAGCAUGCAUUGUGCAAAGCUCGCUGGUGAUCGAUUCUGAGCAGCAUACUUGCUAGGUGUUGGUGUUGACAGUUUA